AUGGAUAGCAGGAAUUCCGUGCACACCACUGUCUCUCUGCUACUGCUGAUUUGCUUCUCGGUGUCGGGGUGUCGCGGCGCUACCCGUCCACACGUCAUCUUUAUUGUGGCAGAUGAUUUAGGCUGGAAUGACGUGAGUUGGCACAACCCUGAUAUCAUCUCGCCACAUCUCGACGGUCUCGCGCGAGAUGGUGUGAUACUAGGUUCUUCUUAUGUGCAACCAAACUGUUCACCCUCACGGAGUUGCUUCAUGUCUGGCAAGUAUCCUUACCACACGGGAUUACAGUCGGGCGUUAUCUAUCCUCUGGAGCCCCGAGGCAUGCCGUUGUCCCUGACAACCUUACCUGAAAAGCUGAAGGAAGCCGGGUACAUAAACCACAUGGUGGGCAAGUGGCACCUGGGGUUUUGCAAUCAACAGUAUCUUCCGACUUCAAGAGGAUUUGAUACUUUCGUCGGGUUCUACCUUGGUUUGGAGGAUCAUUACACUCACAGAAGAGGUGGCUAUGAUAUGCGCUUUAACGACACACUCUACUCCGAAGCCGAGGGCAUCUACUCCACGGAGCUGUUUGGACAAAGAGCCGUUGAUAUCAUCAAUAGCCAUCCGUCAGACCAACCUUUAUUUCUGUACCUGUCCUUCCAAGCUGUCCAUGGUCCUCUUCAGGUUCCACAGCGUUAUGAAGACAUGAAUUCUCACAUUAAAAAUAGGAGAAGACGAAGAUAUAGCGCAAUGGUAACUGCCAUGGACGAGGCUGUGGGAAAUGUGAGGCAAGCUCUCGAGGCGACUGGGCUGAUGGAAAACUCUGUCAUCAUAUUUAACACUGAUAAUGGUGGUCCAGCCCAUAAGGUAUCUAACAAUCUACCUUUGAGAGGUUCCAAAAAUACCUUGUAUGAAGGAGGCACCAAGGGACCUGCAUUUGUGUACAGCAAAAAGCAUAUCAAAAAGACUGGCUACAUUAACAAUCAAAUGAUCCAUGCUGUCGACUGGUUCCCCACAAUUCUUCACCUUGCCGGAGUUACACCGGACCGGGACAUUGACGGCGUGAACCAAUGGCCUACACUAAGUGAAGGGGUAAUCUCUGCUCGUAAGGAGUUUGUGUACAACAUCGACGAAUCUCAGGCGGCAAUAAGGGUGGGUAAAUACAAGCUGAUACAGGGCUCGGCUGGUGACCUCAACGGCUGGUACCCGGUGGUAGGGUCUGGUGCCUCACCCACAUAUGUCACCGGGGAGUCUAUUGACUUCAGGCUCUAUGACAUAGAGGCCGAUCCCAGUGAACAUUUUGACCUCGCCAGCCAAUUUCCGUCCAUAGUAAAAUUGAUGAAGAGGAAGUUGAAACAGUACCGGAAGAGUACUGUGCCGGCAGGGAACCAACCACAUGACCAACGUGGUAACCCAAACAACUUCGGCGGAGCCUGGAGUCCAGGCUGGUGUUAA